ACAAAUAAGCAGCCAGAUGCCACUAUUUUCGUUUGGUUGUUGCCAUCAUUGUUGGCGCACUGCCUGUCGGGAGAAGAAGGCGGGUGUUCAAAAUGGCGACGAGCAAUGUCGAGUUUUACGCAAAACUUCAACAACUUCAAGACCACCUACAUGCCAGUGAAGAACGCCGUUUGCAACUGGAGAGGCAGAUGAACUCAUAUAUGAAGUCGGACAAAAGGCUGGCAAGGCUUAGGGCGAGUAAGCUACAGGCCUAUUGGACCAAGCUGUGUGAAGACGAACAGAAGAGCCGAGUUCGGAACGAGCAGCUUCUGAAGGACUUCAACAGGGUGGAGAGUCAUGUCAGCACGCUGUCAGCCAAGACAGACAGGCUCAGGGAACUCAAGAAACAAUAUGAGGCGCAUAUAGAGCGACUGUUCCCAAGAUGGAGAGAGCAACUGGAGAGAAAACGACAAGACAAGCUCACAGCUCAGAAGGCUCAGCCUCCUCAAGCAGCAAGCCAUGACACAAGGACUCAGCCAAUGGGCUAUGGACCUCACACUACAGACCCUAGAGGGCCGCCCUAUCCCCUCUCUAACUCUGGACCAACAAAUAAUGUACCACCAGGGCUGCAUCAAUCCAGUCCACAACAAGGACAUGCACCACCUGUGCUGGCCUACCCAAAUAUCGGUCCCAUUAGCCAUUCCACACCACAUCCCAUGCCCUACGGUAAUAACACAGGACUACCUGCAGCUGGUCAGCAAGGUCAUUCUGUGGACAGCCCAGACAACUGGACAGUCCACCCACAACAGCACAGAGAAACCGUCCCACAGUGGAUGCCUCAACCACAAUCAGCAGAUGUCCCCCCGCACUCAUCAGUAGGUAGGGGUGAUUCACACACCUCAGCUGCAAAUUACCAAGAGCCUUCUUAUGGUGACAGGAGACAGAGAAGCCCUGAUGGAGGCUAUGAUAGCAGGCGACCGAUGGUGAGGUCAGCAUCAUACUCAGAAGAACAAGAAGUACCAACUGAAUAUGACGAUGCACAGAGAGGAAGAUACGCAGAAAAUGCCAGUAGAGAAGUUUCUCCUCGAGUCCAAAGGACGAGUCCCAGAGGAAGUCAACAGGAGAGAAGGAGUGCAAGAGAGGAAGCACCGCAAGAUGAAGGCGACAUAACGCCUCGUAGAAAGAAGAUUGGUUCUCCGAGGAGAACUGGGGAAUCUCCAAGGCACAGUGCUGAUAAACAGCAAGCUUUUCGUGACAUGUCACCAGAAAGAGACUCCCCUCCCAAGUCCCCUCCAAACAAUGGAAAUGACAGUGACAUUGACAGUGAUCUAAGCCUUCCACUCAGUGAGAAUGGUUACACCAAAGCCAAGACUGGCCCCUCCAGCCCUGUUCCCUACUCCUCCACCAAGGGCAGUCCCACCGUGUCCCCGGGUCGGGACACCACAUUCCCUCCCGACUCCCCCAGAUCUGCCGGCAGGGACAUCAGCUUCACGCCUGAGUCAGUCAGGACUGCGUCCGUGACCCCACACGACCUCCCAGACUCACCUCCAUCACCUGCCUCACCUGAUCAGUCAGAACGGGAUGUACCACUGAGUAUGGAGGGGUUGCUGGUGUUGCUGGACGUCAUUGAGGAGGCGUUGCCCAGGUUACGAGGAAGAGGAGGGCUGUAUGGAGGAGGUGACUUGGACCCAGAGCUGGCAAGGGAAAUUAUUGAGGAUGCUAAUUCAGGAGGCAGCCCCCAUGACGAGGACCCUGGUGUGCUGAGUGCAGUGGUGAGUCGGGAGCUCCCGCGUGUCACCAGCGCUCUGCCUACAGGCUGCCUGCUCACCGACAAGCUGCUGUCUGGGCGCAUGGCCCUGGUGGAUGACGUCAGUGUCAGGUCCAGUCUGUACUCCCACUCAGUCCCCCUGUGGGAUAGGCUGGUCCAACACUUCACCCUGCUGGUGCGGCGGGGAGUCAUGGAGGCGGAGGACAUCGCAGACGUGUUCUCACCGCUUUUAGUCAAACCUGGGUCCACUCUGGUGCAGAAGGCUGCCGAGCUUCUGGCGAUUGUGGUGCAGGGCUGUGCUGGUAACCAGACCCUGGCCGACGACCAGGGGAGUGAGUCGGCCACGUCCUCUGCCUCCCUCCCCAUCCCAUCCUCCCCUGACCCUCCCAGGGGCACUCAGCACAAAACUCCCGCCAUAGUCAAUACAACAGGAAAGAGAGCUCCUAGCAGGGACACAGAGGAAAGUGAUGAGGAUGGAGACAGCUUCUUUGACAACAAGGUCCCUCUCACAGAUGGACACGGGAUGGCUAUAAAUUUGGAUGUGAAAACCUCGCAUGAGGAUGACACAGCUGCCUACCAGAGCCUGAUGCGCAGCAGCCUCCAGCAGCAGCCAGCAGCCGACCUGUCUGAGGAGGAGCUGGAGGCAGACAGUGAUCUGGACGGGAUCGAGGCUGCACUGUCACCUCAUCCGACCUCUACAACAGUCAGAGCUGGUGGUGGUAACCUGGGACUUAACCUCAGCCAUGACGGCUCGUUAGACCUUGACAGCCCAAGGAGACGAAGCGGCCCCUCCUCCCCACGAUCACCGCUCCACAGGCAGCCUUCCCACGACGACAGCUCAGUCUCCUCCUCCCCCACCCAGUCCCCCCGCUCCCCUGCAGGGUAUGUACCCUCUGCCAUGGAGAAGAGCACCAGGUCCAUGGGUUCCACUGGUACUGAGGGCACAGCAACAGGCCCGAAGAGGCCUAAAGGUUUCUGGGGGGAGUCGGAUGAUGAUGUUGAUGAUCUGGCCAUCAGCACAGGGAAGCAGGACCAGUCUGGAGAGGACGAUGACUUUGACUUCUACGGUUGAACUGCUCAGCACAAACCACCAACCAUCAGAUCCAUGUCACUCUUAAGUCACUGACAAAACGAUAGCGGAUUCUAGAUGUAUCUGAAAUGUCUUACUGUUUAAAAUCUUUUAUUACCUGGACGUAUAACUGCCAUUGAGGCAUUAGCACUAUAUUACAGCUUCUGUCAGCCUAAUGAAUGUCAGCUAAUUUCAAACUCUAUGGGACAAGAGUUAUGCCACUGGGUUGAUACGUUUCUUAUAGAUUAAAACAACUACCAGUACAUAAAUGUUCAAUGGUGCAACAGUAUAAUUGUGUUUCAGAAAAGGGACAUAGUUAAGACACUGGCAGGUUGAGAUGGAGAAGAAUGACUGAAUGUUCAUACUAUAUGUAGUCUAGAAUGACAUUCAUUUUCUUAUAUGGGUCAAGAUGAUUGCCUGGCAUCCAUCCAUGUGACACCAUCAUAGUGUGUGUGCAGUUUUGCCAUUGGAAGACAGGUGGGGCUGUUGAGAUGCUGUCAUAGAUGAAUUUGUAGAAAGUAUUUUCUUAAACUAUCCUUUUUCUUCAAAUAUACCAUACCAUGACAUGACAGCAAAUACAAUAAAGCUUG